GGGCCUGCGGGGACGGCCCGAGGCUCGCCGGAGCUCGCCCGCUGCUCGCCGGCCCGGGAGGGAGAGGCGCCUUCAGCACUUCCGCGCCGGGCUCCUGGUGUCCAGGUCUCGAGGUGCCCCGGUGCGGCUGGCAUUGCUCACGCUGACACGUCCUUUCUUUCCAGCACUUGCAGAGAAACAGAAUAACCUUCAAGCUGGCGGGAGCAAUGGUUCACAUAAAGAAAGGCGAGCUGACCCAGGAGGAAAAGGAGCUGCUGGAAGUCAUCGGGAAAGGUACUGUUCAAGAAGCUGGAACAUUAUUAGCCAGCAAGAAUGUCCGUGUUAACUGUUUGGAUGAGAAUGGAAUGACUCCUCUCAUGCAUGCUGCAUAUAAAGGAAAGCUUGAUAUGUGCAAAUUACUUUUGCGACAUGGAGCCGAUGUAAAUUGUCAUCAACAUGAACAUGGAUACACAGCCCUCAUGUUUUCUGCUCUUUCUGGUAACAAAGAUAUCACGUGGGUGAUAUUGGAAGCUGGUGCUGAGACAGAUGUUGUCAACUCGGUGGGAAGAACAGCUGCUCAGAUGGCAGCCUUUGUGGGUCAACAUGAUUGUGUGACUAUAAUCAACAAUUUCUUUCCUCGGGAGAGACUGGAUUAUUACACUAAACCCCAGGGACUGGAUAAAGAGCCGAAAUUACCCCCAAAAUUGGCAGGCCCACUGCACAAAAUUAUCACCACCACAAAUCUUCAUCCUGUCAAGAUUGUGAUGCUUGUAAAUGAGAAUCCUCUGCUGGCAGAAGAAGCAGCUCUGAAUAAAUGCUACAAAGUAAUGGAUUUGAUAUGUGAGAAGUGUAUGAAGCAAAGAGACAUGAAUGAAGUAUUGGCUAUGAAAAUGCACUACAUCAGCUGUAUCUUUCAAAAAUGUAUUAGCUUCUUAAAAGACGGAGAGAAUAAACUGGACAGUCUGAUCAAAAGCUUAUUAAAAGGCCGAGCUCCUGAUGGCUUUCCAGUCUAUCAAGAAAAGAUCAUUAGAGAAAGCAUCAGAAAAUUUCCUUAUUGUGAAGCUACACUCCUCCAGCAGCUGGUGCGAAGCAUUGCUCCUGUUGAAAUUGGUUCUGAUCCCACUGCAUUCUCUGUGCUUACCCAAGCAAUCACUGGUCAGGUGGGUUUUGUCGAUGUUGAAUUUUGCACUACCUGUGGAGAAAAAGGAGCAAGUAAAAGAUGCUCAGUGUGCAAAACGGUAAUGUAUUGUGAUCAAAACUGCCAGAAAACACACUGGUUUGCACAUAAGAAAAUCUGUAAGAAUCUCAAGGACAUUUAUGAAAAGCAACAACUGGAGGCUGCCAGAGAAAAACGUGAAGAGGAGAACAGUGGCAAACUUGAUGUCAAUUCUAACUGUGUUGAUGAGGAGCAGUCAGAGGCUGAAACAGCAGUCUCCCAAGAGGAUUCCCAUUGCAAAGAUUCUCUGGAAGGGGAGCAAGAAUCUCUUCAGGGUGCUGCUGUGCUGGAAGGUCUGCAGGAUGCUCCUGCAGGUCCACAGGCACCUGAGGAAUAAAAGCAAGCGCAAGCGCCAGCAGAUGGUCCUCACCUUGUCAGUAGCUGGAGAACUCAUGUGACUCAUUGCCUAGUGACACUGCAUGGCACUGUGGCAGAAUUCCACAUUUCACAGAAUAAAUGCUUUCAAGCAAAGCUCUGUAUAAAACACCCUAAUUUCCUAGUGAUUUCUGUCCUGUAAUUGGAUAGAUAUUCCUAGGGAACAUUUUUUAUUUCAAAAUACAGAAGAAACAUUUCAUUGCCUUUCAGAGACCAGAUUCCCAGCAGUUGUUCUCAAAAAAAAAAAAUCUCCUUUAAAAGGAAAUGCAUCUAAGGAGCUAAAGGGCAAGCAGAAUAGGUGUAGGAGAGGAGCUUUUUUGGCAAAAAAAAUUUCUAGCCACAGAAAUGGGCAGUUAAAAGAAUUCUGACUUACAUGUGAGUAAAAUGCAUUAUAAAUAUCAUUCACAGUAGUGAAGUUCUAUUUAGUAGGAAGCAAUGAAAUGAAGAAAAGCUGUAUGUUAAAGGUAAAGCAUCUUUGCCAUAGUCCAGCUGUAAUUUUCUGUAACAAUUAUCCUGAACAUUCUGAAUUCUGUGUAGUUCCUGCAAUGAUGUUUUAUCUAAAGUAUGUAUACCUUCAGAAAUGCUAAAUCUCUCAGAAGGAACUAAGACAUAACCAGAAUUAUUGCAGCAUGUGCAUUAAGAUGAUGUUUCAUGAAAUUUUUGAUUAAAUAGUGGCUGAACAUACUGUGUCUACAAUUCCUGUAAAUCUAAUUCAUGUGCCAUAUUCCACUUGAAAGGCUCACUUUUAUCUCCUGUAAGCUUUUUGGUAACUCUUCCUGUCAAGAUACUGAGUUAUAACUAUCAUUUAUAGAUGUUCAGGCAUCCAGUUUUAAUGUCCACAGUAUUUAAACAGAAGAGUAUGAUAUCUAAAGAAUGCUGUGUUCCAAAGUAACUUGUCUUGAUUGUAAAAUAAAUUGUGCCUAUGCUAUAACCAGCUCAUAUCUUGUUUAAUAGUUUAUUGCUGUC